AUGGCUUUCCACCAAGAAUUCUUUACUCUGAACAAUGGCAACAAGAUUCCAGCAGUUGCUGUUAUUGGUACCGGUACCAGAUGGUACAAAAAGGAAGAAACUGAUGCCAAUUUCUCACAUGCACUAGUCAAACAGAUCGAAUACGCAUUAACCCUACCAGGUGUGGUCCACGUUGACCAUGCUGAAGUCUAUAGAACUUAUCCAGAAUUUUCUGAGGCCUUAAAGAACACUAAGAAGCCUAGAAAUGAAAUAUUCGUCACUGAUAAGUAUUCUGUUCAAGAAAAGAUCACUAAUGACCCUAGGGAGGGUCUUGACACCGGGCUUAAAAGAACUGGAUUAGAAUACGUGGAUUUGUACUUGCUUCACAGUCCAUUUGCUUCGAAGGAAAAGAAUGGAUUUACCAUUGAAGAAGCAUGGGCUCAAUUGGAAGAACUUUAUCAUGAAGGUAAAGCCAAAAACAUUGGUGUCUCAAAUUUCCGUGUGGAGGAUUUGGAGAAGAUUCUCAAAGUUGCUAAAGUUAAACCUCAAGUGAACCAAAUUGAAUUCAGUGCCUUCUUACAAAACCAAACCCCUGGUGUUGUAAAGUUCUCUCAAGAUCACGAUAUUCAGUUGGAAGCCUAUGCUCCAUUGGGUCCCUUGUCAAAGAGAGAUGAAAGUGAGCAAGCAAAACCAUUUUACGAUUACAUCAAGAAAUUGACUGAAAAAUACAGCAAGACUGAGGCUCAAAUUCUUUUACGUUGGGUUUCUAAGCGCGGUAUUCUUCCAGUUACUACCUCUGGUCAACCUAAGAGAAUUGAAGACGCUCAGAACUUGUUUGGCUUCGAUUUAACCAAAGAUGAAGUCGAUGAAAUUACGAAGUUGGGUUUGGCACAUCCUGCCUUAAGAUUGUAUUGGAACCCUCUAUAUGACCAGUACAACCCUGAAUCUCAGAAACCAUAA